AUGUUGAUGGAGCGAGAUGACGUCAAAGCAGACUCAAGAGACGAUUACGGACAGACACCCUUGACAUGUGCAGCUUUCCAAGGACACGCAAGAGUGGCCAAUCUGCUGGUGAAUCGCUAUGAUGUUGAUGCUGACUCAAAAGAUAAUGUCGGUCGCACGUCUUUAUUAUUGGCCGCAGCACGUGGGCAUGAAGAUGUCGUCAAACUAUUGCUGGAGCGAGAUGACGUCAGAGCGGACUCGAGAGAUAACUAUGGACGUACAGCACUAACGUACGCAGCUUUACAAGGAGAGGCGGGGGUGGUGGCUCUACUAGUGAAACGGAAUGAUAUUGACGCUGACUUGAUGGAAAACAACGGCCGCACACCUUUAUCGCGGGCCGCUGCCCUUGGACAUGAAGAUGUCGUCAAACUGUUGCUGGAGCGAGAUGACGUCAGAGCGGACUCGAGAGAUAACUAUGGACGUACAGCACUAGCGUACGCAGCUUUACAAGGAGAGGCGGGGGUGGUGGCUCUACUAGUGAAACGAAAUGAUGUUGACGCUGACUUGAUGGACAACAACGGCCGCACACCUUUAUCGUGGGCCGCCGAGCGUGGGCAUGAAGAUGUCGUCAAAUUGUUGCUAGAGCAAGAUGACGUCAGAGCGGACUCAAAAGACAAUGAUGGCCGGACAGCAAUAGCGUACGCGGCGUUGCACGGAAACGCAGAAGUGGUGAAGCUGCUAGAGAAGCAGAAUGACGUUGAGCCCGACUCGAAGGAUAGCGAUGGCGGCACAGCCAUAUCAUGGGCCGCCGCGCGUGGCUCUUUACGUUUGACAAGGAGAGGAUCUUGGGUAGAUUGA